UUCCGAAGUGUGCACAGAUGCGCAUAAACAUGACUCGCUCGCCUAAGAAUAACUGCAAAUAUAAGACCUUUCAAAGUCAAAAGUCUUCGGCUACUCUUGCGAGAGUUAUGGCUAAUAAUUGAAAAUAAAUAUAUAAUAUGUAGACACAAAUAUUACCGAAAGGAUUAUUUCAAAGUGACUAACUGAUGUAAGCAAAUGUGGGAAAAGCGCGCAAGAUUUAAGAAAUGCGUGUAGAACUGGAAAUAUUAUAUAUUUUUAAGAAAGCGCACUAGUCUUGAAACAUGAAGCAUAGAGAAGCUUAAACUCGAUUUAACUCACAGACUAAAUUUAGUCAAUUAUAAAAAUCGUGAAUAUAAGUGGUUUCUAACGUUUUUGAUUGAAUAAAAUUUAUUUACAUUAAAAUUUUCUUUUCUUUUAAGAUUUCAUCGAACGCUCAGAAUGUAACUGAAGGCUAGAGCAUAAAUAAAAUAUAUGCAUAUCAAGCUGUCUUUACCGAAUUUUUUACAUUUUAAAAUAGUUAUAUAUUCUAGCAAUAUUAAUAUUGAAAUUGAGUUCUAAGCAGUUACAAUAAUUGCCUCGUUAUGUCUUUUUUGAAAAAGUUAAGUAACAUUAUUACACACUGCAACGCAGUACCGCAUCCGCUAGGCUGUACUUAAGGCUUUGUUUAAGCAUUCGAAAGAGUGAAUCGUUCGAAUCACAAAAGUUGGUAUGGCGACACACUUUGUUUAUAGGAAGCUUGAUGUGCGUACAUAUAUACAUAUGUAUUUGCAAGAUAUAAGCAUCUCUUUCAUGUAUAUAUCGUGUGUAUGGAGACAUAAAUUAGUUAGGCUUAUGCGGCCAAAUUGUUAACGGAAACAUAGACACGCUUGAAUUUCGUCGUUGUUACUUUCUUUUGAAAUUACUCGGGUUCUGGGGGAGAUUCGAUGCGUUUAUUUCCUACAAAAGCCUCUUCUAUAUACCCAAUUAAUAUAUAGAUAGUGUCUAGUUACCGUUUUGGUAAAUAUUAGGCUUCAAUUUAAUUUAAGUAUUAAGUAUUUUCUGUAGACGCCGAGCUGUGGUUAAAAUUUCACGCAUACCAGUAAAAUAUCAAACUUCACCAAUAUUUGUUGUAGCCAAUGCUUCGAUAGAUCAUAGCUUAAAGUAGCGAAGUGAUACAUUUUGCAUUAUUUGCCGGCUUAAGCAUAUACAAUCAAAUAAUAUAGUAUAAUGGUAUAUAUGUAGAUAAAUGUGCUUGUAUAUGCCUCCAUAUAACUUUAUGAAAUUGUAGUGACAUAUUGACUACAAAAAAUCAUGCAAUCAUGCAAAUGAAUCCGGCAAUUUGGAGAUAAUGGAGAAAUUAUCUUUCGCUUUUAAACUUUUCCAUUACGAAAUAAUCAAAUCAUUAACUCAACUCCACACACACACACACACACAUACGCUCAAAAGGCCGCUGGCCAUGUGCUUUCAUUUCUGAGCCAGCCAAAAGUACGCAGGCAAGGCAAUAACAAAAAACACAUGCACUUCAUCUACAUACAUAUGUACAUAGAUGCUGUGGCAAUGGGGUUAGGGCGGAUUUUUGUUUUUGCUAUGCGCGCUUUGCAACUUUACAAAGGUCAAAAGUCAAUUAGCGGGCAAAAUUUUCAUAGUUUUAUGCAUUAUAUUUGCAUAUGUAUGUAUGUAUGUGUGUACCAUAUAUGCGCAUCAAAAGUCAGCAUUGUACUCGUACAUGGCAUAUUGAAUUUCGUUUGGCAGCUAUGAAAAAUCGCCUGCAGCCGGAAAAAGCAAAUUAAGGUUAUGUGUGGCAUCACGCACACAUAAACACAUAUGUUUCGACAAUUUCUGUGCACACACGCGCAUACACUUGUAUGCUUUGCAAUAUGGAAUUACAUUUAAAGUUUAAAACAAUUUUCCUGUUUUGCGCAAUUUACUCGACAAUAAUUCGCUGUUCGAACAUGCAGAUGGCAAUGGAGUCAGUUUGCUGGCAUGAUGCAGGCAUAUGUACAUAAAUGUUCACAUACUUGUACUUCUUUGCGGCGUGUACCGCUGGUAAAGUUUGUGCUGAAGCUAUCGCAGCUGCUUUCGAAAACUAAGUUGCGCAGUUUUUUGGAAAAACUUUCAAAUUUUAUGAAAUGUAAAUUUUUUAUUUUUUAAUUAAUAAAAUAUUUACUGUUCAGUUUAAAAAAUAUGUAAAUUUACAACAAAAUGUGAAAAAAAUAGAUUUAUAUGAACAAAUAAACAGUUGAAUGAAACUAAGACUGAAUUGAGGCGUUUCCGUACCCCAAAAAAAUACAUAAAAACAUAAAAGACAUACAGUUACAAGAAGGUUAACUCCUUUAAAUUGCUUUUGUUUUCUUUUUAAUUUCGGCGCAAGUCUAUUAAGGCGAAAAAAAAUUCCUUCGGAAAAAAGUUUUUUUUUCGUGUACUUUGGUAAGUCAAACGCAAUAAUUGCUUUAUUAUUAUUAUUAUUAAUUAUAUAAUUAACUAGUUUUAUGCAAAUCAUUAAUUAAUAUUCAAUUUUAAAUUUUAAUAUAUUUAUUUAUUUUUUUUUUUGUUAUUAUUUAAACUAAAAGCUACUUAAAUAUAAAAAAAUCUUUUAUUUAAAUUACUUUAAUUUAUUCUCUGGUGUAUUUUCUAUAUUCCGAAAAAGUCGAUUUUAAUCUAAGUUUACAUAUAUUAUUGAAACGCUUUCAAAUUAUUUCUUGAUUGCGUUUUUUGAAGGGAGUUUACGUGCCAUGUGGCACGUCAUUCAAAUAAGCAAAAAAUUAAAUUAACUACAAAAUAUCGAGAAAGCAAGAGAACGCGCGUGUAUAUAGGAAAGCAUAUGCCUGGAAGUAAAACAGCUUUGUACAUACAUUUACAUAUGUAUGGUAUGUAUAUGCGCGCAAAAAGCGCUUAAAAUCGUAUUUAUUGGUGAUAAGAGUAAAAAACAUCAACACAGCCACAUUAAAUAGAAUGCAGAAAAAAGUGCCGCCGAGCCAGUGGGACCAAUAGUCGCGCUGAUGUACUGCCUGCUUAUCAACACAUAUACACACACAGCAGUAUACAACUACACAUGGUCACACACCCACUUCGGCCCACCUUUGCUCCAACCAGCCAGAAACGCAGUUGGUUCGGUGACGCGCUGGUGGCAGGAACGAAGCGUCAGAAGCCGAACGUCAGCAAACAGUUUCCGCUCGCUAGCUGCUGUGGUGGCACAGAGCACAGAGAACAACAACAAAUAAAUAUGCGUACAAUGCGUGUAUGUGGUAGCAGCGGCAGCGACAGCAGCAGCUGAAGCAGAGGCAGCCGAAACAGGCUACAGGAUAGUGGGUAAGGCAACAACAACACCGACAAUAGAGCCCAACAGGCAUUACUGCAACAGCCAAUCCCAAGCCGCGCACUAAUGGUGGGCGUAUACCAAACAGCCAUUUCCAAAUAAUUCACCACACACACGUACAAAACGAGCUGCGAACAAACAAAAGCAAUAUAAUACGCAUACACGCACACAUCCAUGCAUAACGACAGUGACAGCGUGUUAGUUGUUGUUGUGCAUUACUUUCUGGUGGCGGUUUGGCCGAACACAUAUGCAUACUGCCACCGCUUGCCGCUUGCCUGUGCAACACAUUGACGGCUUCAAAAACCAGUUGCCACAGCGGCAGCAGCUACAGUCACAUUUGAGCUACUCACAACAACGGAGCAGUUGCCACAGACACAACAGAAACCAAAGAAACACGGUACAAGUAAGCGAGCCAUCAAGCGGAAGUUACAGAAUCAGAAGCCAACCAGCACCAGCGUAUUCACAAACUAUCUACGCUCAGCGUGUCACACGCACACACACACAAAAAAAAAACUAGCUUAGUGUUAGUGCGAUAAGGUGAAGAGCACGCUCACAUAUACACAAGCCGAACGCACACAGACGCAGCCAGCGCAAUACCAGCAACACUUUUGUGCCUGCGCCAGUCGAGUGAAAGACACUUUGGAAAUUGAGUUGCUCGCGAGAAAGCAAACCAGAAAUCAGUUUGAGUCGAGACGUUGUCCGAGUAACAUUGACAGCCAGUGCGGACGCCGAGUGUUAUAACAACACAACAAGAGUCGUCACCAAUUCGUUAAAGCAAAGACGUAAAUUUGAGAUUUUAAAAACUAAGUUCAGUGAGCUAAAAAGAUUUAAGCGUAGCAAAUCAAGAACUUAGCCAAACAAGUGAAUAUCCAACCAAAUAUGUCCUCCAGAUCGGCUUCGCCACUGAGCAACGUGACGGUGGACGACGAGAUCAGCAUAAAAGAGCACGAUUUUGCCCCAGAGUACCUGGUCAUCAAAGAGGAACGCGAGAGCAGCAUUUCGCCCAUAUUGACACCGCCACACACGCCGACGGAAGAACACACACGCGCACGCACCCAACAGCCAACACACAUGAGCAGCAUAACGCUCUAUGAAAUGGAGCAGCAGCAAUUGCAGACACAGCAGCUGCAGUUGCAGCAACAGCAUCCACAGAUGACACUGUUGCAGACGUCGCCACAACCACAACGCCGCCCCUAUCCCAAUGCAAUGCUAGAAGCACAACAAUUGCAACAACAACAAGCAGCACAGCAGCAGCAACAACAGCAGCAUCGUUUGUGGUUGCAUAUGCAACAGCAGCAGCAUCAGCAACAAGCCGCUGCCGCUUAUGCUUACGGUCAUGCUGCGCAAUUUUUGCCCGGUUCAACGGUUGCCGCCGACGCAGUGCAACAACAUCAGGCGUUACUCAUGAACCAGUGGUUGCGCAGUGCCGCGCUCUACCACCAGCACCCGCAUGCACCGCAUCCACACCCAAUACCAGCUGGCGCUGCUGCGCCCCAUAUGCGCCCCUACCCCACGCUCCAUCCACUACAUCCCGCUGCACGCCUUGGACUGCCCGCAGCCAUGAAGUUGGCUGGCGCUACAACCGGUGCCGGCAGCCGCCCAAAAAAGCAAUUCAUUUGCAAGUACUGCAAUCGUCAUUUCACCAAGUCGUACAAUCUGCUCAUUCACGAACGCACACACACCGAUGAGCGGCCGUAUUCGUGCGACAUUUGCGGCAAGGCAUUCCGCCGACAAGAUCACUUGCGCGAUCACCGCUACAUACACUCCAAGGAGAAGCCGUUCAAGUGCAGCGAUUGCGGCAAAGGCUUCUGCCAGUCGCGCACGCUUGCCGUACACAAGGUGACCCAUUUGGAGGAGGCGCCACACAAAUGCCCCAUCUGCCAGCGUAGCUUCAAUCAGCGCGCCAACUUGCGCAGUCACUUGCACAGCCAUACUGAGGCGCAAUUGGCCGCGAUCAAACAGUGCAGCAGCAAUGCCAAAUGCAGUGACUUGAACAUGUUAACGGAUGAAGUUCCAACAACAACGCUGAACAGCGCGCCAACCAGCACAACGACAACACCCAUACUUGAUCUCUCCGCGUCGGGUGUGCAAAGGAUCAACUGCUGUCAGCGACCGAAACGUGCGCUUGGUUUCAGUAUUGAUGAAAUCAUGAGCAGGUAGACGGUCGCAGUCACAGCAAUUGCAAAUAGACAUUGGUGCAAGUUAGCAGAGCGCAGCAGCAGCGACUGUGAAAAGUUCGCGCUGGAAGCUGCAAAUUCCCAAACGAUCGCUGUGGCGGUGGAAGGCAGUUGGCUUGUCAUGUAUAUAUAUGGCGGCGCGAUACAUUCCGGCAUGUACGAGCACAGCCCACGGCUAGACGUGCGGUGGUUGUGACAAAGGGCCGCAUGGCGGCUGCGCUUCUGGAUCCCCGAUCCGUUUCAGGUUGUCGGCCAUUCAAAGUUCACAACAAAAGUUCCCAGUUAUGACCCGUAAAGAGGCUGUUAUGUCUCAUGGUUGGAGACACUAACAUACACAAAUACACACACAAAACUUAAUUCAAGUCAUCAUUACCAUUAGUUAAAUGCAUAGUGAAUCACACACACACACAUACACACACUUGAAGAAAUAUUUAGGUUUAGGCACAUAGAUUUAUUAAAAUAAAAAUAAAACAACAUAAAACAAA